AUGCCAGAAGAGAUCUUCUCCACACCAGAGACCACCACCGCACAGCAGAAAACAGAGAAUGUGGUAUCCACCCCCAGCUCCACAAUCACCGCUAAUGUACUGUCACCAGCGACCACUGAAUCAACAUCGACAGUCAACCCAAUCUCAAGUGCCACAGUGACUAUCGAGAUCUUCUCCACACCAGAGACCACCACCGCACAGCAGAAAACAGAGAAUGUGGUAUCCACUCCCAUCUCCACAAUCACCGCUAAUGUACUGUCACCAGCGACCACUGAAUCAACAUCGACAGUCAACCCAAUCUCAAGUGCCACAGUGACUAUCGAGAUCUUCUCCACACCAGAGACCACCACCGCACAGCAGAAAACAGAGAAUGUGGUAUCCACUCCCAGCUCCACAAUCACCGCUAAUGUACUGUCACCAGCGACCACUGAAUCAACAUCGACAGUCAACCCAAUCUCAAGUGCCACAGUGACUAUCGAGAUCUUCUCCACACCAGAGACCACCACCGCACAGCAGAAAACAGAGAAUGUGGUAUCCACUCCCAGCUCCACAAUCACCGCUAAUGUACUGUCACCAGCGACCACUGAAUCAACAUCGACAGUCAACCCAAUCUCAAGUGCCACAGUGACUAUCGAGAUCUUCUCCACACCAGAGACCACCACCGCACAGCAGAAAACAGAGAAUGUGGUAUCCACCCCCAGCUCCACAAUCACCGCUAAUGUACUGUCACCAGCGACCACUGAAUCAACAUCGACAGUCAACCCAAUCUCAAGUGCCACAGUGACUAUCGAGAUCUUCUUCACACCAGAGACCACCACCGCACAGCAGAAAACAGAGAAUGUGGUAUCCACUCCCAGCUCCACAAUCACCGCUAAUGUACUGUCACCAGCGACCACUGAAUCAACAUCGACAGUCAACCCAAUCUCAAGUGCCACAGUGACUAUCGAGAUCUUCUCCACACCAGAGACCACCACCGCACAGCAGAAAACAGAGAAUGUGGUAUCCACUCCCAGCUCCACAAUCACCGCUAAUGUACUGUCACCAGCGACCACUGAAUCAACAUCGACAGUCAACCCAAUCUCAAGUGCCACAGUGACUAUCGAGAUCUUCUCCACACCAGAGACCACGACCGCACAGCAGAAAACAGAGAAUGUGGUAUCCACCCCCAGCUCCACAAUCACCGCUAAUGUACUGUCACCAGCGACCACUGAAUCAACAUCGACAGUCAACCCAAUCUCAAGUGCCACAGUGACUAUCGGUACAGCUUCUACAGUCUCUCCCAAUGUCACACCGCUGACUCAAUCGAAUCCUGUUGCUUCAACAACUGGACCAACAACAAAGCUUAUAUUCAGCAGUUCACAAGUAUCCUCAAUAAUCACGCUUUCCCCUACAAAGGAGACACACUCUACUGCAACCACAGAAGCAAAUCAGUCAGAAACAACUUCACCUUCAACACAGCCCUCAACCCCUCAAAGCAAUGGCUCUGCACAAACCCCUCCAUCUGAAAAAACACCACCUGCAGAGAUCUUCUUCACACCAGAGACCACCACCGCACAGCAGAAAACAGAGAAUGUGGUAUCCACUCCCAGCUCCACAAUCACCGCUAAUGUACUGUCACCAGCGACCACUGAAUCAACAUCGACAGUCAACCCAAUCUCAAGUGCCACAGUGACUAUCGAGAUCUUCUCCACACCAGAGACCACCACCGCACAGCAGAAAACAGAGAAUGUGGUAUCCACCCCCAGCUCCACAAUCACCGCUAAUGUACUGUCACCAGCGACCACUGAAUCAACAUCGACAGUCAACCCAAUCUCAAGUGCCACAGUGACUAUCGAGAUCUUCUCCACACCAGAGACCACCACCGCACAGCAGAAAACAGAGAAUGUGGUAUCCACCCCCAGCUCCACAAUCACCGCUAAUGUACUGUCACCAGCGACCACUGAAUCAACAUCGACAGUCAACCCAAUCUCAAGUGCCACAGUGACUAUCGCUCCAUCUGAAAAAACACCACCUACAGAGAUCUUCUCCACACCACAGACCACCACCGCACAGCAGAAAACAGAGAAUGUGGUAUCCACUCCCAGCUCCACAAUCACCGCUAAUGUACUGUCACCAGCGACCACUGAAUCAACAUCGACAGUCAACCCAAUCUCAAGUGCCACAGUGACUAUCGAGAUCUUCUCCACACCAGAGACCACCACCGCACAGCAGAAAACAGAGAAUGUGGUAUCCACCCCCAGCUCCACAAUCACCGCUAAUGUACUGUCACCAGCGACCACUGAAUCAACAUCGACAGUCAACCCAAUCUCAAGUGCCACAGUGACUAUCGGUACAGCUUCUACAGUCUCUCCCAAUACCACCACCGCACAGCAGAAAACAGAGAAUGUGGUAUCCACUCCCAGCUCCACAAUCACCGCUAAUGUACUGUCACCAGCGACCACUGAAUCAACAUCGACAGUCAACCCAAUCUCAAGUGCCACAGUGACUAUCGCUCCAUCUGAAAAAACACCACCUACAGAGAUCUUCUCCACACCACAGACCACCACCGCACAGCAGAAAACAGAGAAUGUGGUAUCCACUCCCAGCUCCACAAUCACCGCUAAUGUACUGUCACCAGCGACCACUGAAUCAACAUCGACAGUCAACCCAAUCUCAAGUGCCACAGUGACUAUCGAGAUCUUCUCCACACCAGAGACCACGACCGCACAGCAGAAAACAGAGAAUGUGGUAUCCACCCCCAGCUCCACAAUCACCGCUAAUGUACUGUCACCAGCGACCACUGAAUCAACAUCGACAGUCAACCCAAUCUCAAGUGCCACAGUGACUAUCGAGAUCUUCUCCACACCAGAGACCACCACCGCACAGCAGAAAACAGAGAAUGUGGUAUCCACCCCCAGCUCCACAAUCACCGCUAAUGUACUGUCACCAGCGACCACUGAAUCAACAUCGACAGUCAACCCAAUCUCAAGUGCCACAGUGACUAUCGAGAUCUUCUCCACACCAGAGACCACCACCGCACAGCAGAAAACAGAGAAUGUGGUAUCCACUCCCAGCUCCACAAUCACCGCUAAUGUACUGUCACCAGCGACCACUGAAUCAACAUCGACAGUCAACCCAAUCUCAAGUGCCACAGUGACUAUCGAGAUCUUCUCCACACCAGAGACCACGACCGCACAGCAGAAAACAGAGAAUGUGGUAUCCACUCCCAGCUCCACAAUCACCGCUAAUGUACUGUCACCAGCGACCACUGAAUCAACAUCGACAGUCAACCCAAUCUCAAGUGCCACAGUGACUAUCGAGAUCUUCUCCACACCAGAGACCACCACCGCACAGCAGAAAACAGAGAAUGUGGUAUCCACUCCCAGCUCCACAAUCACCGCUAAUGUACUGUCACCAGCGACCACUGAAUCAACAUCGACAGUCAACCCAAUCUCAAGUGCCACAGUGACUAUCGAGAUCUUCUCCACACCAGAGACCACCACCGCACAGCAGAAAACAGAGAAUGUGGUAUCCACUCCCAGCUCCACAAUCACCGCUAAUGUACUGUCACCAGCGACCACUGAAUCAACAUCGACAGUCAACCCAAUCUCAAGUGCCACAGUGACUAUCGGAGACACACUCUACUGCAACCACAGAAGCAAAUCAGUCAGAAACAACUUCACCUUCAACACAGCCCUCAACCCCUCAAAGCAAUGGCUCUGCACAAACCCGUGA